UAAUCUAAAACUAGAAGAAGAAGUGAUUCGUGAAGUUCAUGUGUAUGUAGUGCAACAUUGCUGCAUUAUGCUGUGUAUUUCUGUCAGAUUAAGAGUUUUGUGUUAGUUUCAUUUAGGGAUGUAACUUGAAUGCGCGUAUUUGGUUUAUAUUCCGACCAGUAUAAUUGUGGCAUUCUAUGUAGCUCCAAGGGGAAACUUUGAAGGAUGACUUCGCCUCUUUUAGUGCAUCAGCGCCUUUCCUCUGCCUGGAGGCUGCUCUGGGGGUCACCGAACACAGCGACGAGCCUCAUACCCCAUCAGCCGUGGUCACGGGUAACGGGAUGGCCGUGUGUUUUCGCUGCUGGUAAGAAAUACCAAAUUGACCUGCCAGUAGUCCACGAGGAAGACCUUGAUGAACAGUUUGUUCGUGGAUCUGGUCCUGGAGGACAAGCCACCAACAAAACCAGCAACUGCGUGGUGCUCAGACAUAUUCCCACGGGGAUCGUCGUAAAGUGUCACCAGACCAGAUCGGUGGAUCUGAACAGAAAACGAGCACGGGAGAUUUUACGCGAGAAACUAGAAAUUGUGUAUAAGGGUGAGGAAAGUGAACUGCUGAAAAUGAAAAAGGAAUCCAUACAGAGGAAACAGGAAAAACGUCAAAAAGUAAAUGAAAACAUGGAAAAAAAGAGACGAUUCAAGGAGAUGCUGUACUCAGACAAAGAAGAUGACAAAUGCUGAGAAAAUCCUAAAGGAGAAUGUCCGGCCGUCAGUUUGUGAUCUCAAGCUCAAGCACACUUGGGUUAUGCAGCAGGACAAUGAUCCCAAACACACCAGCAGGUCCACCUCUGAAUGGCUCAAGAAGAACAAAAUUAAGGUUUUGGAGUGGCUUUAAACAGUCCUUUCAUGAUCAAAAUCCUCCACAGCGAUGUUAAAGACUCAGUAAUCACGAUCGUUUGAUUGCAGUUGCCGUGAAGUGUGGCACAACCAGUUAUUAGGUUUGGGAGCAAUUACUUUUUUACAAUCCCUGCCAGCCCGAGAUUCAAACCCACAACCCUUGGGUUAUGAGUCAGUCUCUCUAGCUAAACCAUUAGGCCACGCCUUCCCCCUAAGUCUGACAGACAUGCAAAAAAUGUAAAACACAGGAAGGGGGCAAAACUUUUUCAGAGCACUACUUGUACUAAUAUUUAGAAAAUGUGUUCAUCAAAUUAUGUGACUGUAAUCGAUAAUUAAAUAUUUAAUGAAUAUCAAAUACACUAAAUGGUUAUACAAUAUACUUCUUAAGUUUUGAUUUCAGUAUUAAAUUUGAAGUCAUAAGAAUUAUUGGUAGAAACACAGUAUCAUGAAAAUGAUUUGCAAAAUUCACCAGCAUUUUGCACUUUUUCUUUGUCUCUGUAACAAACUUGUAUAUUGUUUUGGAUUA